AUGUUAUCGCCCUCAGUUAUUCUCCAGGGAUGCGGAGCAGAGACUGUCAUUUUCUUCUUGUCUGUGCUGUCAUCAGCUGUUAUAUGUCCCGCCCUUGGUAGAUAUUGUAAAGACGCAAUCACAGUGCUCAUCGCUCUUGGAGCUGCUUGUCUCACCGGCGACGCGAUCUUCCACCUCUUGCCGCACGUAAGUAAAACUAACAACUUAAAAGUGUAUUUCUAAAAAAUAAACACUUGGAACUGUGCUCAAUCUCAAAGCGGUUAUGGAUUUGGGAAUAGGACGUGUUAAAAACGAGUUUCCCAAAAGCCGAAACUGAAAAAAUCACAAAAGUGGAUUUGAAAGAUAGCGAGUAUAGGGCAGUAUCCUGGACAAAAUAAUGUCAGAUUAUCUCAAUGGCGAAAAGUCUUAGCUUUUCAUCUGAUCAGUUGAGAGGGUUGCACGAGUUUUCUUUACCAAUCACAGAGUGGAGUGAGGCAAAACACAUGCAUUUCUUGAUUACCUCUGGCACUCAACUUCAGUACUUCAAUCUCAAAUUCUCUAGGCAUUAUCUCAACAUCACGACGAUGACGCUGGUGGUACAGAAUCUACUCAUAACGUACUUUUAUGGCGUUCCUUCUUGGUUGUGUGCAGUAUUUAUUCCUUCUACCUAUUCCAUCUCUUUUUUCAAGUUAUGGAGGUAAGGAGAACAAAACUGUGGUUGGCAUGGUUGUCUGCUGUGACUAAGUCACGCACUAUGACAGUAACACAAUCUCUUUUUCUAGGGUGGUCACUCUCACUCUCAUACUACGUCACCUGAUCCACUUGAGAACAAGGGCCUGCUAGAGGCAGAAACCAAAGCCAAGCGAGAGCAGUCUGCGACCAAAAUUAACAAAACGCUCAUAGGAACGAUAUUAGUGGGUGAAGUACUACACACAUCGUGCGAUGGAAUAGCUAUAGGAGCAGCUUUCUCAAAAUCAUUAGGGGACGGACUCAGUACGACACUAGCUGUGUUAUUUCAUGAAAUACCGCACGCAGUAGGUAAGGAAAUGACCAAUUCCAUAUCAAUCUUUUAUGCUAAGCGAGUGUAGCCUCACUACAUUUGCAAGCUCCUACGCAUUUGGUGUGGGUAUUGCGCCCAUGGGUUGAAAACUCUUUUCAUUCACGUGCACGUAGAGAAAAUAUGCAAUGGGCAAAUUGUAAACUGGGCAUGUAUAAUUUUUUGAGAACAAAAGACAUUGAAAGAAUCACAACUUGCAUGAAAUACAACCCAAUCUACACAUUGACUCUUUAACCUCUAAGAAUGAUCAGCAUGGAAUUUCUCCUGACAUUAUUACCCCUUAAUCAAGCAUUAAGGUCCAUGAGAAUAAAGGAAAUGAUCGCGAACUCAGGAAGCCAUUUUAGUUUAACAAAUUCUCCUUGUCAGCAUCUUAGGAAAUUUACAUAUUACGGUAUGGAAAAUAUGCAUGGGGUUCCAUCGAUUAAGUUGUCAGAAGCAGCAGCACUGCAAAAUCCUUUUUUCGUUUUUCUAAUUUCCUCUAGGUGAUUUUGCCAUCUUUGUCUCGUCUGGUCUGCGUUUCCGCGAGGCCCUGGGUCUGUUAUGUUUCUGUUACCUAUGCUCAUACGCGGGCAUCCUUGUAGGAGCGACCCUAAGCGCCAGUCUGAAUAUGACACCCUGGAUAUUUGCCGUCAUUGCAGGAAUGUUUCUUUACGUAGCACUGGCAGAAAUGGUGAGUAGUGACCGUAUAUUCCUUGUUCAUGAAAUGGAAUGUAAUUGCUCCCAUGAUGCAACAUGAUAACACUCUCAAACAUAUGCUUGGACUCCCAAGUCGAGACUCCAAUGUUUUAGUGUAAAGAGUCAAAUUGAAGAAACAAGAACAUGCUUUAAUGAAAUUUUGUAAGUUAUGUGUUUUCGUCUUGUCACGAGCUUGGGACAAAGAAUGACUAAUUCUGAGUCCUAACGAGGAAUCGAACCUCAGACUUUCGGGUUUCGUGCUCCAUCGCUCUUCCACUGAACCAAAGAGACUCUGCGGUGGGUCAGGCUAUCACUAGGUUCAUCUCUGACACGCGAGCCGCAUACACGUACUGUCAGGAUCAGCAUCGAAAGCAUCGAGCGUUUCAACAGAGUAAGAAAGAUGGAAAAUUUUGAGAUCGACAAAAAGAAAUGGAGAAAGCUAGCAUUCCAUCCUUUUGUGCUUUAAAGUUACUGUUACCAUGACAAAUAAAGCUUCAUUAUUCCCAUUUCAGGUUCCGGAGAUGUUCGCCAGCAUAACAUCAAGAUCUGAUAAAAAAGGGCGAGUUAUAUUUCUACAAAACCUUGGACUUUUGCUCGGAUUUGCUAUUAUGAUGACGUUAGCCGUUUUUGAAGAAACGAUAAGGACAUCGUUGCAGUAGUUAAUACUAUGGAAACGAUUUUUUGUAGUUACCCCUCGGCUUCCUUUUCGCACAGCAAAAGUAAAAUGUUGUUGAGGUCAGUCUGAAGAGAGUGAUUCCAGCGGAAUUUUCUCGUAGCCAAUGAGAAAUAAGCAAUAAUCAGAAACGAAAUGAACAUGAAAGCGAACUUCGCAGUAAUGAACACAACUUAACCAGAAGUGAAAAUAAGGCCUGACAAAAAAAUUCAGGCCUGUGCGGGAUUCGAAUCCUUGACCUCUGCGAUAUCGGUGCAAUCAGUCUACCAACUGAGCUAACAAGCCAACUGGGAGCUGGUCAGUAUGUUAUUCAUCACUUAUUGAGUUUAUUACGAACCAGCAUACUCUGCUUAAGUACUAUUCAUUACUGCGAAGAUUGCUUUCAUAUUCAUGUCAAACAAGACUUUAUAUCUGGUAAUCCUUGAACACAGAUU